AUGGCACCAAUUAAUCCAAGGACUGCAAAAGCACUUAGUGCAAUGAGGGAUCUGGGUAUCCCUGAGGAAAAAGCAAAACCAGUAUUACAGAAACUUUUGAAAAUUUAUAAAAGAAAUUGGGAAUUUAUUGAGGCAGAAAAUUACAGAGCCCUCGCCGAUGUUAUAUUUGACGAUGAUGAAGCACAGGUCACUCCUGGAAAUAAUGAUGUGAAGGAAUCUGAAGCCGAUGAGACUGAAAGACCCUCGAAAAGAUUAUGUAUAGAGUAUACAGAUAACACUAGCCUCUCAGCGGGUGAAAACCAUCAUUGGACAAGAAGCAGAGGAAAACAAGCAUUAAAAAUACAGGAACCACCGUUCAAGGCUUUUCAAAAAGGCUACAGGAGCAAUGUCAAGGGCAAGGGAAAGGGCAAGGCAACUCUUACAGAUGAAACUGGGCUGGAAGAAGAUGAAGAAAUCACUGAUGGCACGGUCCGAAUGAUUCUUCCAGUUUCUGUGAUUCAUCCAGAAGCUUCAUCACGUAAGGAAAAUACAGUUAGAAGAAGGGCAGCUUGUCCAGAAUCAGUCAUUAUUGACGCAGUUAAAAUUCAUGAAGAUGGAAAGCAAAAUGAGAAGGCUGCAAAUCUUGUGGAUGACCCUUGUACUGAUGUAGAAAUAGCUGCCUCAUCCUCUGGAGAGGUGAAAAUUUAUUUGAGUUGUAAUUCUGCUAUUAGAAGAUCUGAUUUCCAUAUGCCUAGUUUUGAUGCUGUUCUGAAAAUGGUGGAGGAUAAACUCCUCACAUCCUACAAUAUCGUGGACCAAAGUUUCUCUCUGAAGAAUGUUAUGAGAGAUAUGUGCAACUGUUUUCUUGAACAAGGAACAAAAUCGGAAAAUUAUGUUGUAGAAGCUUUUGGUUUAUCAAAGCAUACCGGCAACAUAGCUGCGAAUGAAGAAAAUGUCUCUGAAAGUUACAAAUCCAUCCAUCAAAAAGAUAAUCUGAGCUCCCAUCACGACUAUGAUGUUGCCAAAGGGCAUGAAAGAGCAGUAAUUACACUGGUGAAUGAGGUGAAUGAUGAAUGCCUGCCAUUGUUUAGUUAUAUUCCCCGGAACAUGGUCUUUAAACGUGCAAAUGUGGGCUUCUCACUGUCCCGACUUGGUGAUGAUAAGAGUGGUGCAUCAUGUUCAGGAAAUUGUCUAUCAGCGUCGGUACCUUGUGCCUGUGGCCCCGGUGGUCAUUGUGCAUACACCAUAGAGGGUCUUGUUAAAGAAGACUUUUUAAAUGAGUGUAUCUCUAUGAAUCGUGAUCCACAAAAGAACUGUCCACAAUGCUACUGUAAGGAGUGCCCACUUGAAAGAUUUAAAAAUGAGAAAAUCUUGGAACCUUGUAAAGGUCACUCGAUAAGGGAAUUCAUAAAAGAAUGCUGGAGGAAAUGCGGUUGUAGCAAAAAAUGUGGAAAUCAGGUUGUGCAGCGUGGCAUAACGAUCAACUUGCAGGUUUUUAUGACCCCGGAAGGCAGAGGAUGGGGCCUUCGAACAUUGCAGGACCUUCGAAAGGGGGCUUUUGUAUGUGAAUAUGUGGGCGAAAUCUUGACAAAUGAGGAGUUUUAUAAGCGAGCGUCAGCCAGAGCAAAUAGUGAAGAAGCACAUGCAUACCAUGUUUUGCUUGAUGCAGAUUGGUCAUGUGCAGAGAAACGUAUCUUAAAAGAUGAAAAAGCUCUAUGCUUGGAUUCUAGUCGUUAUGGGAACAUUUCAAGGUUUAUCAAUCAUAGAUGUUUCGAUCCCAGUCUGGUUGGGAUACCAGUGGAAGUGGAGACACCCAAUCAUACUUAUUAUCAUCUUGCUUUCUUCACGACAAGAGAAGUGAAAGCAUUCGAGGAAUUGACCCGGGAUUAUGGGAUUGAUUUUGAUGAUCACGAAGAUCCAACAGUCAAGGCCUUUAAGUGCGAAUGCGGCAGCAAGUACUGUCGAAAUAUUAGACGCAAGAGAAGUCUUGUGAAUAUGUGUCUCUGCUCUGUUGAUGACAGUGAUUAUGUGGAUCUUAAUAACUUUGGAUAUUGCAUUUGGCUACUAUAUAGGAUCACUCUCCUCUUCUAA